GGUCCUUGAUCACUGUGUUCAGCAGCGGCGAACGCUGUUUCUGUUGCAAUUCUGAUUUACCUAAACAAGUUGCGGGAUAUUCCCGAAACUGCACGCUUCCCAAGUCUCCAAUGUAGCUCAUGUGCUCAAGGGGCAUCCGGUGCUAUCGGCGAGUCGUUUCGUGGUUCGUUUAGCUAUAAUGCGCUGACAAAUCGCAGUAGCUGAAGCCGAAAAAUGACUUCUCAAUCACUCGAGGUCAAAAUCGAGCUGGGGCACAAGGCCGUGUUGAAGGAAACACCGACAGCCGAAGGAUACACGCAUGAUUGGACGGUGUUCGUCAGGGGGCCGGAGGGCUGUCGCAUCGAGAAUUUCGUAGAGAAAGUCGUCUUUCUACUACACGAAAGUUUCCCGAAGGCUCGAAGGACUCUUCGGGAACCACCCUAUCAGGUGUCUGAGAGCGGCUAUGCAGGCUUCAACAUGCCGAUCAUAGUCUACUUCAAGACGAAAGAAGAGCCCAAGAAACUUCAGUUCAUAUACGAUCUCUACCUCUCUCUCGAUGGGAAGCCGCUCAACAAUAUCCGGUGUGAGAAGCUCACAUUCCAUAACCCUCCGGAAGAUUUCUGCCAGAAACUCUUCAAAGGCGGAGCCGCAAUAAAGGAUAAUUCAGCAACAACGGCUGGCCCGUUGCUCGCUGUCUCUCCUGCGAAAAAGCCCCCAACGCCACCCCAGAAGAAGUCUCCGCAUCUGGCGGGAGCGCCUCCAACAUCAUCUCAGUUCUGCGGCUUGUUCGGUGCGCCCAUCAUCAAAGGCCAAGAUGCCAAGGAUGGCAAGAAGGAGAAACGAAAAGACAAAAAAGACAAAGACUACAAACGCGACAAGAAGGAGAAGAGCUCAUCUGCCGGUGGCAAAGACGAGAAACCCAAGGAGUCGGUGAAGUCAGAGAAGCCUGAGAAGAACGACAAAGUAACUCUCACAGUAAAUGCCAAUGGCAAGUCGAACGCGAGCCAUUCCUCGGACGCUAAGAAAGACGGUAUUCGAGAGAAGAAACGUGACAAUUCAUCUAGUCCAAACCACAGAGAGAAGGACGAACUCAAGCGCAAAAAGAAGAAAUCUUCGUCUCACAAAGAUUCCCCCGAGUCGAAGAAAGUUCGCUUGGAGGAGCCCGUUCCUCCAGCUCCAGCGUCCAAUGCCGCACCGAACUCAGCAGCGUCGACGGCCACGACGAUGGUCUCGAAGUCCAAGAAGAAAUCCCAAGGCAAAGAGUCUCUAUCGUCGACGACGACGACGUCGACGACGUCACCGCCACUUGGAAACGCGAGCGAAGUAGAAUUCACCCCGUCUCCCCCUGAUCAGCGCAAGUCGAAAACCCUCAAAGAAGUGAAAAACGCCCCGAACGAUGAGCUGAAACCGUCGCUGCCCCCACCGAAGUCUCAGGCUCCGCGACGGGUGUCGUCUCCCGCGGACACCAAGAAAAAACGUCCAACUUUGCAACAGCAGCCAACGAGCGUGUUGACCGCGUUGAUCCAGGAGAUGGACGCCGAUGGGUCGUCACCCGAGUCUGAGACGGAAGCUAGUCGGUACAAGAGACUUUUCGCGCUCAAAACGAAGAUAGCCAAAUUGCCGAGAGAGAAAAUGCAGCAGGUCGUCGAUAUCGUCGAGGAGUCGGGAAAUUUCGAAAUCAGCGACGAGUCCUUCGACUUCGACCUGCAUGUCGCGGACGCUACAACCAUUCACCGGCUCCAGCAACUUGUUAGUUAGCUAAGCGAUCAUUUAGCCAUUUAGCCGUCGACUCUAGCAACAACCCAAUCAACGAACGAAUCAACGCGACGAUCCUGGAUGAGCCAAAACACACUCUCGCAAUCGAUUGCAAGGAAGGAAACCACCGCAAGGUCACUAUGCCUCCUACUCCUAGCAUCCUUCUCCCGCUCCUCAAAGGAGCGAAGACCUUUGGCAUUGUAUUGUCUCGAUUGUGCAUAUCAUUCCGUCGUUUGCCUUCAACGAACUUGAAGUUCCUCAUCGGAAGUUUGCUGACUUUGCGCACCCAGUCUCGCGCCUUACACAGAAGAUGACUCAUCAAAUGCCUCAUACUCAUUUGCCGAUGAUCUUCACCGUCGACUCCGUCAGGAUACGUCAGAAUGACACGGUUCCUGACAGCGGAGGAGUCCGAGCUUCUCAGAGACCGUGGUUGCGCCUAUGUUGAGCAAGCCAGGUGAACUAGAUGAAUUAUUAUUACCUUGUCAAUGUUGUAGUUAUCGAUCGAUUCCGAGCAUGGAUGACGGCCGCUGAUCCUUUCCUUCGGAUGCGAGUCCGAGAUGUUGAUACUGAUUGCUAGAGCGUCACAUAUUUCAAACAUGCCAAAGUUCUCGAGACGUAUUUCUAAUUUUGUAAAAACAAGAAAUAUUACGAACUCCCUCUCGACAUUUAGUCCGAACGAUGAAAAGAGAAUCGUUUUGUUCUCUCGGACGGAACUUCAGUCUGAGGCAUUCUCCAGUGAGAUGAGCUGUUCGAUGAUUAUGCAUCGAUUAUUCCGGGAGACCGCCUAAUGAUAGUGAUAUUGAUAGAAAAUCCGACGAGUCUUGUGCUGCUGCAGACGCUGCUCUCGCUCCAUCGAUGCUCU